AUGUUUGCUGGUAUGAGGCAAUUGGAUAAGAUCAUGUCCUACGGAAGGACUGAAGGCAUUCACAGAGGUCUAGGAUACAAUGGAAGAUAUGGCUCAGAGGCUAAAGACAUCAAGUUCGUGGCUGCUAAUGUGUCGUUACAUCCAGUUUGCAGAACUGAAGGUACUACAGUACAUAGAACUGGAAUUACUACAACACAAAGUAUUGGAUAUUACUUCUGUGGAAGGCAUGGACACAUAAGAGCCUUAUGUUACAAAUACUGGGAGAGGAUCAGACGACUCAUAUAUGAAGGAAAGUUCACAUGGAACGGAUUCCAUAAUCAGAUUUGGGUAAAGAAAGCGGAUCUGAGAUCUACUGGUACAGAAAGUGGUUCAGGCAGGGCUUCAGGACGUGGAUUUCAGGCAUCUACCUCUAGAGGUGGACCUGGCUGGGGUUCAAGAUUUGGUAUACGUUGCAAUAUGGCUGUUGUAUAA